GCAGGAAAAGUGUUAAUGACGACUGUUUCAAUGGUCGACGAUUUGCAUCGAUGGAGAACCAAUUGGACCAUUAGGGUCAAGGUACUAAAGAAAUGGAAAGAAUAUGGUGCACGCGGUAAAGAAAUUCUACACUUUCUUCUCGCCGAUGAAAAUGAAAGGAAAAUUCAUGCAUCUGUCGAUUGGUCCAGUUUAGUUAGAAGAUUUGAUACUAUUAUGCUUGAAGGAGAAUGGAAGGUGAUCACUAACUUUGUUGUCAAAGAUUAUUCAUCACGUCAUCGUCUAAGUUUUGUGCGUGUAGAAAUCAAUCUUGUGGAGAACACAACCAUUUUCAAUGCAACUGUUAAUAAUGAUAGUCAUUUCACCGAUUUCGUAAGUUUUGGUGCUAUCAAAUCCGGGAUAGCUGACUCUUCAUAUCCAAUCGACUUGAUUGGAUAUGUAGACUUUGUUUGGACAAAUGAAUUAGUUAUGGAUCCUUCAUUUGUAGGAGAUUAUUUGAAUCCUCAGACAAACAGAAUCAAAAUUGAUUUAAAGGACAUCAAUGGUUAUGAGCUACAAGUCUUUGCUUAUGGAAAAUUGGCCAUUGAAUUCAUGGAGAAAUAUUCAUUACAUAAUGUUCCGGGAACUGUUUGUGUUUUGACUUACUGGAAAAUUAAGAAGAUUAAUGACACGUGGGAAAUUAUGGACAAUGGUGCUGUUUCAAGGUUUGAAUUUAAUCCUACUUUGCCAGAGGUUUAUGAAUACCAAAACGUGAUGGAUGCUCGUGAUUAAGAAUUUGGAGAUGCAUCUGAAAAUUAUGAAGAUUGAUCUAAUUUCUAAAUUUCAUUAUUCUCUUCAUCAUGACAACUUUGUUUUCUUAAAAUAAUUCUCCAG